UCCGCCUCUUUAUUUUCCUUUAAGGGAGUAAACUUUUGGCAGAUAGUCAAGUUUUCUCUCCGAACAGAGAGAAGCAGUGUAGACAUCAGUUCUAGGUCCCCACGCCUUCUAAAUUUUCUGAGAAACUUGUUAAUUUAACACUGACCUUUUGAGAGAAUUCCAGCCCUUGUGAAAUAGGGACUUCAUGUUGAACAUGAGCAUUGUUAUGAUCAGCGAGAAUGUAAAGCUGGCCCGUGAAUAUGCCUUACUGGGAAAUUACGACUCUGCAAUGGUCUACUACCAGGGAGUUCUUGACCAAAUGAAUAAGUAUCUCUACUCUGUCAGAGAUACAUAUCUGCAACAGAAAUGGCAACAGGUUUGGCAAGAGAUAAGUGUGGAAGCUAAGCAUGUAAAAGAUAUAAUGAAAACACUAGAGAGUUUUAAACUAGACAGUACGCCACUGAAAGCUUCACAACAAGAAUUACCAGCUCAUGAGGCAGAAGUCUGGUCUUUGCCAGUACCUGCUGAACGUAGACCUUCGCCAGGACCUAGAAAACGUCAGUCUGUUCCAUGCAGUGAUUGCAGAGGUCACAAUAAUCGUGUGAGUGCAGCUGUCAGAGGCCCUCACCGUCCAUCCUCUCGAAAUCCCAGUGAUAAAGGGAAGGCGGUUCGCGGCCGGGAAAAAAAGGAUCAGCAAAAUAAAGGAAAAGAGGAAAAGAACAAAUCUGCGUCAGAGGUUUCAGAGGCUGAGCCAAAGAAAUUUGAUAGUACUGGAUAUGAUAAAGAUUUAGUAGAAGCUUUGGAAAGAGAUAUAAUUUCUCAGAAUCCCAACAUUCGAUGGGAUGACAUUGCUGAUUUAGUAGAAGCCAAAAAGCUGCUUAAGGAAGCUGUAGUUUUGCCCAUGUGGAUGCCGGAGUUUUUUAAGGGAAUUAGAAGACCAUGGAAGGGUGUUCUGAUGGUUGGUCCUCCUGGUACUGGAAAGACCCUCCUGGCAAAAGCUGUAGCGACUGAAUGCAAGACUACUUUUUUCAAUGUUUCUUCUUCCACACUUACCUCAAAAUACAGAGGAGAAUCUGAGAAACUUGUUCGUCUACUGUUUGAAAUGGCUCGAUUUUACGCCCCAACAACUAUAUUUAUUGAUGAGAUAGACUCUAUCUGUAGUCGCAGGGGAACUUCAGAGGAGCAUGAAGCUAGCCGACGUGUGAAGGCAGAGCUGCUAGUUCAGAUGGAUGGUGUUGGAGGGGCUACUGAAAAUGAUGAUCCUUCCAAAAUGGUCAUGGUACUUGCUGCUACUAAUUUUCCUUGGGAUAUUGAUGAAGCCUUAAGACGGAGACUAGAAAAGAGAAUUUAUAUUCCUUUACCAUCAGCAAAAGGUAGAGAGGAACUCCUAAGAAUAAAUCUACAAGAGCUGGAAUUGGCUGAUGACGUUGACCUUGCAAAUAUAGCUGAGAAAAUGGAGGGUUACUCGGGUGCAGACAUUACCAAUGUAUGCAGAGAUGCAUCCCUGAUGGCUAUGAGAAGGCGCAUUGAAGGCUUGACACCAGAAGAAAUAAGAAAUCUUUCCCGAGAUGAUAUGCACAUGCCAACAACUAUGGAAGACUUUGAAAUAGCUUUGAAGAAGGUUUCUAAAUCUGUAUCUGCUGCGGACAUUGAGAAAUAUGAGAAAUGGAUAGUUGAAUUUGGAUCAUGCUGAGUUGUCUUAUUUUGAAGAAGUCACUUUACGUCUUAAAACAGCUUUAGAAGUAAUAAAUAAUGUGUUGUUUCACUGCCUGCUCUUUUUAACUUUUGUAAUUUAAGAGCAACAGAUGUCUAAAUAAAUUUUUUUUAAUGCAAAUUC